CACACUGACACACACUCACUCACACACACCCUCCCACCCCUUGGACAACACGUACAGCUACUGUCUGCCCCGGACCGUCAGAGGUAGCACGGCAGUCAGGUAGCUGCGUGUUCUCCGUAAGUUUGUUUGACUGCCCCAAUGGAGGCCUGUUGUUUCUCCUGUUGCUGAACAAGGACUUAAGACAGAACCAGACGCGGGAUUCUCUACCACAAAGGAUUACCCCACAGAUAACCUUAUACAACUUUAAUGAGAUGUUCCCCUGGUCCGCUGUGUUCUCCCUGGAGCCCAAAGUCCCGGGGCGCCGCUCCUCGGAGGAGCUGGUGACCAACACCCUGAUGCUGGAGCUGGGCGCCAUCGUGAAGAGGACCGAGCGCAUCCGCCUGGAGAGAGUGUCCGAGGGCCGCCGGCGCCGCUCCUCCGCCUCCUCCGCGGCCAACUACAGCUGGCUGGCCACGGCCCCCGCCACGGCGCCAUACGAGCUCACCCCUGGGGACCUGCUGGAGCUGCAGGAGCUGUGCUCCAAGGUCCUCCCGUCGCAGUGCGGUCCUCUGAUCGUCAGGUUCCGGCGGCUGGUGUCCCAGAUGGAGCCGGAGGUGCAGGAAGUGGCCCGCCUGUUUCGCACGGUCCUCCGCGACUGCGUGGAGGAGCAGGCCGGCGAGGACACAUCUGACGCCCAUGCCCCAAUCUUCGAGAAGCAGCACCGCAGCAAGAGCCUCUCCUUCGUUCACUUCCGUUCGCGGUUCCGCACGGGGCCCCUGUUCCGGGGCGGCGCGAUGGGAGGGUCCCGGGGGAACCUUGAGCAGUCCAUGGAGUGGUCGGACGAGGAGGAGGAGCCGAUGGAGGAGGACAUUGGGAGGGUGGAGGACGCCAGGCUCAGGGCCCGGGCGGCCAGGAAGAGCCGGAGCCGGAGCAUGCCAGAGAUCAGUCCCGUCGAGCAGGGUGUGCAUGGGUGAGCGGUGCGGUGGUCAGGAGAUUAGACAAAUGGACGGGUGGUUGUGAGAGAGAGCCGGUGCAGAAUGAAAGGUAUUGGCCAUAAUAUGGUGGCCCCCUUCAUAGUCAACGGUGGAGGAGAUAUUGGAAGACGAGCGGAAAUAUGUACAUAAUAUAGAUGCUAGCUUUUAGGACAUACUUAAUACUUCAUUAAAGGGUGUAAAGUAGCCUGGAGAAAAAUAUACAGAAUACGAGAUCUCAUUAAAGAGAUAUUAACGGCCAACUGGUGUCCAUCCUCAAUACAUCAGAAGCUGUUUUGCUCCUUAGAUUUUGUCGAUCGUUUUUGCACAUUUACCUCAUAAUUCACCAUGGACUGAGUACAGUUUGGAAUGCACUUUUUCAGUCUAGUUCCUCAUUAGUAAAGUCAUUCAGAAUGGGUACAGCACAUAGUAAGGGAAUGUUCUUCUCCCUACUCAUUUGCACCUUCAGCACCCAAUUACUUAGCAGGUUUUGUUUCUUUCAACCCAAUUAACCACAAGCACCGAUGUAAAUACCAGUGAGGUGUAGGCCAGCAGAUGUCUAGAAAGAUUGUAUAUUUUCCUAUGAUUGUGAAACAUUGCCGUAUUAAGUGAUUAAAGCCAUGCUUUUUCAAAUCCA